UUGUUAUUUUUAGUGACUACAACCACAACGCCUCCCAAACGAGCAUUGUGGUCUAAUAAUGACUUGGUGUCGGCUGUCCAAGCAGUACAAAGAGGAAUGCUGAGCACAUCUAAAGCUGCUGAGAAAUAUAAAGUUCCCAGGACAACCAUUAGAAAUCAUCUCCAGACUGGCAGUUUGAAAAAAACACUAGGUCGAAAGUCUAUACUCUGUGAAGACCAAGAAUCUGAUCUUGUUAGCAAUGUUAUGAGGUUCGCUGAAAAGGGAUUGUCUCUGACACCACGGAUGCUCCGACGCUUUGUUUAUAAAUUUUGCGAGUUUAAUAACAUCAAACAUAACUUCAAUAAACAUGCUGGAGUCGCUGGUAAAGACUGGUUUAAAGCGUUUAUGAAAAGACAUCCGGAAAUAUCAAGAAGAGAAGAUCAGUUUAUGGACCCUGCCAUGGCACAGAAGCUUAAUAAAUUUAUCUUUGAUGAUCACUUCAAAAGUCUAAAUGAAAUCUAUGAUAGUCUAGGUAGAAGUGAUACUAAACAGGUCCAGGCAAGUUGGGACUGUCAUGGUUGUGAGGAGGAUAAGAUUGAUGUUAGAAGGCAAUUUUCUGAAUGCAGCAAGUGGUGUCAUGAGGAAUGUGUCGGCUUGUCAGCGGAUGAUACAGAUAAUUUUGGGUGCACUGAUGGCUGUUAA